AAAAAAAAAAAUGUCAAGAGUGUAUGAUAAAAUUCUCUUAAUUCUCAAUUUUAUGAAAAUUUAAAAUUCAGUAUUUCUCGAAACCCAGAGAAUUUAUGUUUAUUGAGUAUUUUCACAAUGGUUUCCUUUGCACCCGAUGAAGUUGGUUUAGCGGACAAAUCGCCCUGUGCCGGCAUUAGAGCUGAUCUGAAGAUGUGUUUAUUGGAGAGUGAUUGCUGUAGAAAGGAUAAAAAGACCCCCAGGGAAUGUCUACAAGCACAUUUAGUUCCAGAGGAAUGUAUGCAGCUUAGGCAUACAUUCUUUGAAUGCAAGCGGUCAUUGCUUGACAAUAGACGAAGGUUUAGAGGACACAAGGGCUAUUGAUGUGAUCAAAAGGUAUUUAUUUAGCAAUAGUUAGGUAAUAUUUUAUUUUGUUAUUGUUAUGUCAUGACUGAAAUACUGUUUCAAAUAAACAUUACUUUUUUAAAUUU